GCCUUGGAAAAAAACAACAAAACACGCAGCCUCUACUCUACUGCAUUUGUUUUUCUGAAUAUCAUUCUCUUCUCGUGUCUGAUGUAGGUCACAUGUGUAGGCCUGCUCCCUCAGACUAACAGGUCACGUCUGCUGGCAGGCCAGAAUGUCGUGUACACAGAGUGGCCUAUAUUAAUUUUUGCUAGCUGGUUGAUUACGACAGCCUUAGGUUAGAAUUUGUCAUUUCAAACAUUGUGCCUAGUAGUUAGCUACUACCAUAGCCAUAGACUUUUCAGGGCCGAUGCCAAUGAUGCACUAUAAUCAACUUUGCGUGAAUGCAUUCGAAGAUCGUUAAUAUAACUAUCUAUACUAUAACCUGAGUGUUGCAUUUUCAGAGCUCUCAUCGCUUUGUUGAUUGUCAUAUUAUAUACGGUAGUACAGGCCUGCUUAUAAUAUUGUAUUAAAAACAUGUGUUAUUGAGUGUAACCUUCUGGAGGCAACCCUUUGAGGAAUAUAAUAUAUUAAUAGUAACAAGCGAAGUGGUAAAUCUAUGUAGUGUUACACAGUCUCUGUUCAGCCGUGGCCUACGUAAUAUUAUGUAAUAUUAUUAUAUAAAUAUAUACGUGGGACGUGAGCAUUGUCUUAUUUCAAAAGUUUAAUAGAUUGUAUGUAUAGACUAUAUACAUUAUAAUGUUAGACUAACUUAUCAUCAUCUUAUGUUUUUAGAGAAAAAUUACUAAGCCACGUUUAUUCAAAUGACAAAAAAUGUGUCUUUUACUUUUGACUUGAGUUUUUAAGCUUGUUAUUUACCAACAAAAAAUGUGUCUUUUACUUUUGACUUGUCUUUAAGCUUGUUAUUUACCAACAAAAAAUGUGUCUUUUACUUUUGACUUGAGUUUUUUAACUUGUUAUUUACCAACAAAAAAUGUGUCUUUUACUUUUGACUUGAGUUUUUAAGCUUGUUAUUUACCAACAAAAAAUGUGUCUUUUACUUUUGACUUGAGUUUUUAAGCUUGUUAUUUACCAACAAAAAAUGUGUCUUUUACUUUUGACUUGAGUUUUUAAGCUUGUUAUUUACCAACAAAAAAUGUUUGUCAAGUUCUGGUUAAGAGCAAAAAUUUUUUUUUCAGGACUAUAAUUUCCAAGCACCUGCUCUUCUACAGGAAGUCUUGAGUGUAACCAGUAACUAUGUCUGCUAUAAAGGUAUGUUACAGCUUACUAACACUGUUGCAUAUUAUGGCCAUGGCACCCAUGGCAUAUUAUGAAUAUAUGAAAUUAAGCUAUUCAGCAGCUGGCUGAAAAAUGUUGAUAGACCAACUAUUUCUUUUAUUAACUUGUUACAGACAUUACAGUGCCUCUGGUAAACAAAGUUUUACAAAUGUUCCAAUGAGAUUAUACUUGGCUUAUUUUAGUAUUUUCUCAGCCUCAUUGACAGAUAUUCUAGUGUAAAUAGUAUACUUUAAUAGUAUACUUUGUAAUUGUCUGCAUGCACUCCAUUGGUAUAAUUUCACUUUGUUUGCAUACAUAUCUAUAGUAUACUUUCACUUUGUCUCUGUGUACUGCAGUAAAUAUUCUUUCACUUUGUUUUUGUGCUCUCCAAUAGAUGUAAUUUCCCUUUAUGUGCACUCAAAUAGAUGUACUUUCACUUUGUUACUCCAAAACAAUUAUGUUGGAUAGACAUUACUUUACUUGACUAAUUUACCUUGAUGAGUAUUCAUUACUCAAAAUGAGAUCUCUCGUUAAUUCUCCUGCCUUGUUUGUUUUCAUCUAGGUUGGCAUCAUUGGUGGUUCAGGGUUAGAUAAUGCUGACCUUUUAGAAAACAGAGAGGAGAAGGUUGUGAAAACGCCCUUUGGAAAGGUGGGUGUCUGAUAUUUGGACAUUGGCUCAUUUUCAGUGCUUGCAUUGAUUAUCAUUUACCUUUGACAUCCCUUUGGGUAAAAGGAGGUCUGAAGAUUUUCUAUGUGACUUUAUUAAAGAGUGUUUUAGUAGAGGAAUUAAUAAAAAGUUAUAAAUUGCAUUAAAUAUAAGAAACCCUUUCAAAUACUGGUAAUAUCUGACUGUGCUAAACAGUCCUGACCAUUUGCAGUUAACCAUUAUUUCAGCUGUCAUUGAAAUUGUUCAACCAUGAAGAAAAACUGAUCCACUGUUCUCAGCCCGCCCACUGUAAUUGUUGGUCAUUUGCAUUAUGGCUUUCAUUCAUGAAAUAGUGGAUCAAUAAUUUGUCCCUUUAAAUUUUUUAAAAACAAAUGUCAUAAUCAGGUUUUGUGGUGUUCCUGUAGAUAUGAAGAAGCUGUAUUGAAAAUAUAUUAUUUUAUUCCAUCUGCUAUUUAGCCAUCUGAUAGCCAGAUUUUUAAUGCCUCCAGUGUAGAUAAAAAAUUAUAUGUACACUCAUGGGUUGCAAUUUGCAGAAAAAUAUUGAAGUUAAUAACAUCACAGUUAAUUCUAUAACUAUCAUUUUCUCGUGUAGCCAUGAAGAAGCUGCUUAUUGCAAGGGCUUGUAAUCAAGUCAUGCUUUUAAUAAUAUUUUUUGUAAAAUAAUUUUUGUAUUCAUUUCCUUUUUGUUUGAUAUUUUAAAACUAUUAUUUCGUUGUUUUUUUUAAAAAUUUUGCAAACACAAUAAUCUCAUUUAAACUGUAUUGAAAAUAUAUUAUUUCAUUCCAUCUACUAUUCAGCCAUCUGAUAGCCUAGUUACUGGAACAAUUCAAGGAGUGGACUGUGUCCUUCUGGCCAGGUAUUUUCUUCUCAUUUUGUGUCUAAAAAUAAUUUUCUUUAAAAAAAAUCUGUAUCUUAGCAACCCCUUAAAACAAAGUUUUUCGUAUAAAUUCCUGUAUAAAAUUUAAAAUGGAGCAAUGGGGGUGGGGUUUAAAAAUUUUUAAAAACAUGCAUACAAGUAACACACUACAAGAAUCCCAAUUAGUACGCACACACCCCGCUCGCAACCGCACAUUUUUUUUCACGUCACUGAACUAUAUUAAUAUUCUAAUGUGUCACAAAUGACUGGGUCGGGGGUUAACAACAGAGCUCCAUUGUUCUUCAGAUAACUUAUGGGAUGAACGGAAAUUGCUGUGAUCUUAGGGAGGGAACUGUUGGGCGCAUGGGGGUAAGGCUAAUACAUUCUCGUAUCUUUUAGAUUAAGGGGAUGCUUCUUUCCAUAACAUUAUGUCUCGGAUUUCCCAGACUUCGUGUGACAACUUUGGGGUUGACGACGGAAGUUCCUAAUUGACCGGAAAUGAGGGGGGUAUAGAUGGGUUAAUUGCCAGCAUUCCUGGACCACCUAGGGAGGUAGAGAAUGGUAUAUAACAUAGAACUCUUCGUGGCAUAAGGAGAGGGAGAGAUUCGUGGACGGUCGUUCUGUUGUAACAGACGUAGUAUUACUAGCCGUAGUCAGAGAUAGAAUUAGGGAUAGAUAGCGAAGUGUUAACAGUUAGAAAGGAGACAUUACAAUCUUAUUAUAGUGAUCAAUACAUCUUUUACUUAUAACUGUUAAUGAGGAGUUGUUUAUUCAUUCAUUCGUGUUCUGUGUUCUCUUGGUCGUACUUCUCAACGCCUGGAUUAGUGAACCAUCACAGAGAGGAACGGCCCAGUACUAUUCAUAACACCACCAAAACCACGUGGUACAUGACCAUAAGUACGGCCAUUACCUCAUAAUACCAUCUCAUCUGUGACAUAAUGAUCCACCCGCUUUUACACCGCAGAUUUAUUUCACCAACAAUUUUAGAAAAACAGCAUUUUUUAAAAAAAAAUAAUAUCAUUUAGUGCAGUUAUCUGGAAUUUUUAUUUUAUAUUCCCCUUGAAAAACAGAAAAAAAUUAUUUUUGAGGGUUGUGGUUGGGGGUGGGGCUGAAAAUUUGAAAGAAUGUUUUGUCAUCAGCAAUGAGUCUAUGUGCCAAGUUUCAGCUGGCUAGCAUGACAGGAAGUACGCCAAUUAGGCAUCUAAAGUUUUUGCCAGCCACCCACAAACAAAAGUGAAGUUAAUAUAGAGGAUUUAAAAAAAUGGAGACAAAUCUGAAACUCCACUUUUCAAAGCUAUUAUUAAAUUAUAGGUCAUUGGUAGUCAUUUACGGAAUAAAUAUGGACAUUCUCAGGUUGUAAACAAAAUUAUGCUUUACAAUAACAUACUGGACCUCUUUCGAAGGAGUCUUAAAAUGGUCGGUGAAUGAAAUUUGAAAAUUUAUUUUUCAAGAGAUUUGAGACAAUUUUUAACUCUGAUUUUUAAUACCUGAGAUUAAAACACCUAAGAAGUAAAAAUUUAUUAGUCUUUUUAAAACAAAAAUUAGCAUAUAGCACAAAUAUUUAUAUGUAAUGAUUUCCUGCACUUAUAUAAAAGACUAGUUCCCAAUUUUGUUCACCAGACAUGGCAGAAAGCACAGUAUAUCUCCAACAUUAGUUAACUACAGAGCAAACAUUUGGGCCCUGAAAGAAGAAGGAUGCACUCACAUUGUGGCAACCACGGCCUGUGGGUCACUACAAGAAAAUGUUCAUCCCGGAGAAAUUGUUCUUAUUGAUGACUUCUUGGACAGGUAAGUUCAGUUACUAGAGCACACUGUGCAAAGUGAAAGUUCAUCUAUUAGGGUGCACAUCUCAUCAUCAUCAGUGGCGCAAUCAUCACAUGCUCUUAUAAGAAAUGAAUUGAUUGGUAGUUAUGGUUUUCAUGCAUUAAUUAAUCUUAAUUUGUCUGUUUCCAAGAAAAUCCAAAGACACAUAAUUAUUUACCAAUGUUUUCCCCCUGACUUUAAAGGCGGUCUAACUGAAAUCUAUCACUGAAUGAAAAGCAACCAUACGGCACUACACGAAAACAGCAAUAGUCAUCUUAAACAAAAAAAUGGAGAAAAUAAAACCUUAACAUUUCCAAAGCUGUUACCAUGAUUCUCAUAUUUCCAUUUUUGGUCCCUUUCUAUAUAAAAAGCUCCACAUCUUUUGUUUGAGGAAAGCGAGUAGGCAGAGGGGUUUGGUAGCUGUAAAGAGGGUGAGGGGCUAGUAGGCAAAGGGCACAUGGUAAAUGUGACAACUUAGCAUAAGCCAUUUACAAUAUGUUGACUCCAUUAUAUUCUCACAAGUUUAACUCAACUGUUCAUUUGUUAUUAAAUCACAUUGCAUCUUUGAAAUAAUGAAAGCAUGUCCCACUGUUGCAGGACCACAAAGAGACCAACUACAUUCUAUGAUGGCUCCUCUCCUACACAUCAAGGAGUUUGUCAUGUUCCUAUGAAUGAACCCUUCUGCCCUAGGCUCAGAGUUGUAAGUACAGCUAUAGGUUCUGAUUUGGGUCAAUAACAAUAGGCACCAAUUGGGGUCAAUAGCACUAGGCUCUAGUUCGGUUCAAUAGCACCAGACUCUAGGCUCCGAGCUGUAAGUACAACAUUAAGUUUUAUUUGGGUCAACAACAAUAAUAGGCUCUGAUUGGUUCAGUGACACUAGGCUCAAACUCAGAGCUGUAAGUACAACAGAGCUGUAAGUACAACAUGGGACACUAGGCUCAAACUUAGUGCUGUAAGUACAACAUGCGACGAUAGGCUCAAACUCAGAGCUGUAAGUACAAAACUUGCCUAAAUCUAGAAGUUCUUCAAAUAUCAGCUGUAUCUUUUAAAAAUGAAUUUGUAAUUCUUUUCAGUUAUUAUAGGGUUGGUUUGAUGAUAAUUAAUUGGAGGAUGGAGACAAUAUGUCUUAAGGGAGAUAAUUUCAACUCUAACUUAUUGGGAUGUCGCACAGUUAGUCAUCUCUUGCUGUUAAGAAUAAAAUAUAAUUAUAGAUUUCAGAAAUUUUUUAAAAUUUAACUGUUAUAAUGUUAUGAUAAUCCACACCCUGAAAGAUUAUAUUCCUUAACAUUGUCCUGAUAGGUCACAUGACACUGAUCAUGAAAAUACUAUUUAAAUCUAAAUCUGAUCCCCAGCUGUUAGCCACAAGCAUCAAAGCUCUGGGGUUCCCGUUCCAUGAGAGAGGGACAAUGAUAACCAUAGAAGGUCCCAGAUUCUCAACUCGUGCGGAGAGCAGGUUGUGGCGACAGUGGAGAGCUGAUGUAGUGAACAUGAGCACAGUUCCAGAGGUACAAUAUUUCUUUUUUUGGCAUUCAUGUAACUAUGGUGGAGAGCUGAUGUAGGGAACAUGAGUACAGUUCCAGAGGUACGAUAAUUCUUUUUUUGGCAUUCAUGUAACUAUGGUGGAGAGCUGAUGUAGGGAACAUGAGUACAGUUCCAGAGGUACGAUAUUUCUUUUUUUUGGCAUUCGUGUAACUAUGGUGGAGAGCUGAUGUAGUGAACAGGAGUACAGUUCCAGAGGUACGAUAUUUCUUUCGUUGGCAUCCAUAAGAUUUCCUCCAAUCUGGAUAUUUAUUUUCUUGUUCUUUCUCAUAGAAACUCUCGGGUGGCCUAACUCAAUUUGGAAAUGAUAAAUUAAAUUAAAAUAUUUAUUAUGAAGUUACCUUUCAUUACUUUCAGUGAUAAUCUCCAUACAAUUGAAUAACCGUAGAUUCUCCCAAAGUUUGUUGUUGUCAACAUUGCCCGCCGUCAGCAUCAACUUUCGAUGACCUAGUAACCAAGAGUCCUUUUCAGAGUUAUCUUCUCAAGUAUUUCUAUCUAAAUCACAUAGAUUUUUAAAAUUAAUUUCAAUAAAUUCCAUUUUGGUCUGUUCAAUAGUUUUAUCAUCUAAAUUGAAAGCCAAUGAAAGAAGAUAAAGAAAUUCGACAUUGUUCAUAUAACAGAGCAGCUUUUGUCACAAAAAUAACAUAUAACUUAACCAGUAUGGGGUUAGGGGCCAUCCAUAAAGGAUGUCACAUUGUCUGGGUCAAUUUUGUCCUUCUCCCUCCCAAAAUAAUCACAAAAUUGUAACAAAAAUUAGAUACUUUGAUCGCACAUCAUCACAAAAUUGUAAAACAAAUUAGCUCUUUCAUUGCACAUCAUCACAAAAUUGUAACACAAAUUAGACACUUUGAUCGCACAUCAUCACAAAAUUGUAACACAAACUAAACACUUUCAUCGCACAUCAUCACAAAAUUUUAACACAAAUUAGACACUUUAUUCACACAUCAUCACAAAAUUGUAACACAAAUUUGACACUUUUUUCGCACAUCAUCACAAAUUCCGCCCGAUGACAUAAUUUAUGGAUGGCUCAGGUUGCUAGAAGCCCAGAAGAAGCCAAAUGAAUCAAUGUGUUGCAUUUGGGAAAUAACUCGACCGCUCAACAUGGGGAUGGUGGCAGGCAAGAGUGAAGUGAUAGCAUAUUAUGACAAGAUUAAAAAAAACAAAUUUUAUUCCUUAAAAACAGCCAUCACUAACACCUGUAAAAGCCAUUUGUGAUAUUGUAACAGUAAUGGCUGGGUAUUGAGACUAUGUUUUAAUAGGCUCGAGGAGUAGGAGAUUUUGGACUCUUAAGCAAAAUAUUAUAUUCCCAAGCCUGAACAUAGUCUAAAUACUGAGAUGUUACUGCACUUAACAAAUUGAGUGGUUUUCAUGGAGAUUAUUUUUGUUGUUCCUUUAGCCAACUAGCAAUGUCAAGGACAGUAAUACCAUUGAUUGUAUAUUCACUUCAAAUCAUCAUUGUAUGUCACUCAGGUUGUGCUGGCCAAAGAGGCAGGUCUGUUGUAUGCAUCCUUGGCACUGGUCACAGAUUAUGACAGUUGGAGGGAUGACCAUGAAGCUGUAGGUUAAUAGUAAUACCUUACUGCCAUGUUGCAGAAGCUCAUUAUUUUCAUAGCAUUUAUUAGCUGAAUACUUACUUUAGAUCACCGGAAAGUUUAUUUUCUUACUAAGUAUAUAAUGCCAUUAACAGUGAUACACAAUGUGACGGCCAAGUUCUUGGAAACCCUUAAUUAUUUUAUUUGUUAUUAAUAAAGUUUGAGCAGAUUGUAACAUUUGUACUUUAAUAAAUUUGCAAUCGCUUUCUUGUGGAAUACUAUGUGGCCCAGUCUUACUCAGACUCUACCUCCUGCGGCCCACAGAUAAUUUGAGUUUGAGACCCCUGAUGUAGGGUGUAUGGCUAUUCGGUAGGGUGUAUGGGUAGAAUGUAGGUUGGAUUGGUAAGAUGUAGGUUGGAUUGGUAAGAUGUAGUUUGGAUUGGUAAGAUGUAGGUUGGAUUGGUAAGAUGUAGGUUGGAUUGGUAAGAUGUAGGUUGGAUUGGUAAGAUGUAGGUUGGAUUGGUAAGAUGUAGGUUGGAUUGGUAAGAUGUAGUUUGGAUUGGUAAGAUGUAGGUUGGAUUGGUAAGAUGGUCGGUUGGAUUGGUAAGAUGUAGGUUGGAUUGGUAGGAUGUAGGGUGUAAGGGUAGGAUACUGGGUGUAUGGUCAAGUGUAGCAGUUUAAUGUAGAUUGCUUGGUUAUGUUGGGUGUAUGGUCAAGUGUAGCAGUUUAAUGUAGAUUGCUUGGUUAUGUUGGGUGUACAGCUAGGAUGCAGGGUGUAUGACAAAGGGACCCUCAGGUCAUGCUAUUUUGGCAGAUUUUAGACCCCACUCAUCCCACUAUUAUAAAUUUGUCACAGCACACCUUCAUAAAAGAUUGUCACAGGACACCAUCAUAAAAGGUUGUCACAGGACACCAUCAUAAAAGAUUGUCACAGGACACCUUCAUAAAAGAUUGUCACAGGACACCUUCAUAAAAGAUGUCACAAAUGUGUAACUCCCCCCUCCCACCCUAGACACAUGAAAUCAUUUAUGGACAGCCCCUAGGAUAUUGGUUGAAUGGCUAAGAGGACCACCUGUUUCUGAUGCUAUACUUAGAAGUCCUUGACCCUUGCAACCAGCUAUAAAGAUGUGCUAAAAAGGGGGGGGGGGGGGGGGGGGGGGGUAUACUUUCACAAACUGUGCUACCUCAAACAUCUUAUUUUUGAAUGUUUUUGAAAAAGAUUUCAUUUGAAGGCAUAUUUUUUUUUUAACAUACAAGUUUUUCGAUAAAUUUUGUGGUUCUAAAUGAAAGUGGAUUUAACUUGUAACAGUAACAGAUGAAUACACCCAAAAAUGUACAAGAUUUGAAAGCAAUAAAAAUUAAAUUUAGUUGUUUUACUAGCUUAAUUUUUACUUUCACUUGUUUUCUGUUCAUCAUGAUUGCAUUUCAUCAAGGUUUUUCCUCUCUCUUACUUUGAAGGUUCAUGUUGAGCUGGCUGUGAAAACUUUCAAAGAAAACGCAACAAGGGCCUGUAAAGUCUUGUUAAGCGCCAUACCAAAAAUUGCUGCAGAAGACUGGGAUGAAACCAUCCAAAAAAAUUUGGUAGGUGUCGGACAUGUUGAAGUAUAUUUAUGCUGGCAGUUUUCAUAUUCAGCCAUCAGAAUUGCCCUUUAGCCAUCAGAAUAUCUGUAUAUUUAUUUUUCAUGACACCUAACUUUAUUUGUUAUUUUGGAACAUAAGAUUAGAGAGCAACUUUUUAAUCCCAUGCCAAGUUGACUGCUGCCUUCCAACUUCUGGAUUUGAGCUUUUUUUUAAAAAGGUUUUACUAUGUCUCAAAGUAGUGUUAGACAACACUGUAAUUUUUCAUGCCAGUUUGCCCAAAGCUCUAAGUGACCCCCGGUCAAAUUCAAAUCUACAUCAUGGUUGUGGGGCAGACGAUGGCACCAUGGUUGUGGGGCGGACAAUGGCACCGUGGUUGUGGGGCGAACAAUGGCACCAUGGUUGUGGGGCAGACAAUGGCACCGUGGUUGUGGGGCGAACAAUGGCACCGUGGUUGUGGGGCAGACAAUGGUACCGUGGAUGUGGGGCCGGCAAUGGUACCAUGGUUGUGGGGGAGACCAUGGAUGGUUGUGGGCCAGGCAAUUGCACGUUGGUUGUAGGGCAGACAAUUGCACCAUGGUUGUAGGGCAGACAAUGGCACCAUGGUUGUAGGGCAGACAAUGGCACCAUGGUUGUAGGGCAGACAAUGGCACCAUGGUUUAUUGGGUAGACAACGGCACCAUGGUUGUAGGGCAGACAAUGGCACCAUGAUUUAUUGGGUAGACAACGGCACCAUGGUUGUAGGGCAGACAAUGACAUCAUGGUUUAUGGGGCAGACAAUGGCACCAUGGUUAGGGGCAGAUAAUGGCAUCAUGGUUGCCUAAUUAUGUAAAUAAAAUGGAUAUUCUGUUCUGUAUAUCAACAUUUCCAGUAAUGUUUUCCUCAUGUUCUGUGGACUCUUCAAAGACACUGGAGAUAACUUUAGGUUUCUUUAUUUACUAAAAAAAGUCUUGUUCAUUGGUCUGUAGAUCUUUAACCAACGCCCCCAUUCCCCCCCUUCUCCCCAGGCGCUUCCCGCACCGCCCACCCACACCCCCCCCCCCCCCCCCCCCCCCUACUGAUUGUUUUUCUUGGAAGAUUGGCAGGUCUGCUAAUAGCACAAAAAGAGUAGUCAAAUCAUUAGAAGACAAGUUGCUCAGUGAAAAUAUAUAGCUAUGAUGAUUUUUUCCAUUAAAAAUAUUACAUUCACUUUAUCACUUUUGCAUUCAUCUUAAACAUUGUUAACAUUAAUAAGAUUUUUCUUCUACAGGAUAUUGCCAGGUUGUCUAUCAUGGAAUAAAAUUGAGAAGGGGAAAAAAAGCUAGUUGAAAUAUUAAUUUGGACUAUAAAUGGUUCUCAUGUCAUGAUGAUCACAGAUCCAAAACCAACUACUGGUCAAGGGGGCCACUAGUUUUUGUGAUGAAAAGCUACUAACAUUGGCUUUCGGUGGACACUUAUUUUUCUAACCUUCAAAACUUACAUUGUUCUUCCUGAUUGUUAAAAAAUUAGUUGCCAAUAUAAUGUUAUAUAAAAACAAUAUGAGGUUACAGAUUUUUGUUUUUAAUUGGAUACCUAAGAAUACGCAAAGGUAACUUUUGAUCUAGUCCUCCAUCUUCUUCUAUAUAUUAAGACCCCAUGAUCAAUAUAUUGAUCAUUUGGUUCCUAUGUAUGUAGAAGAAUCUGCACUAGAAUUAAUCAAUCCUAAUUAUCAAACAGUUUUACCCAACAUUAAAUAUCACUAUAAUGGCUGUUUAGGCCUUUUGAUGGGGAAAUACUUGCCAGACUUUGAUUUUAUUGGGGGGUUUUUAUACUAAAAAUUCUUUGGUUUAUUAAGUUGACAGGUGUUGUGAGUGACCUUAUUUCAAUUUGUACCAGUAUUUUUUUAAUUGAAGAAUUAAGAUUUUUACCUGUAAUAUUUGUACUAUAUACUUUUAUAUUAUUCUUAGAGAAUUUUAUGGAAAACAUUCUUCAAGUGAAGUGUGUAGGGUAAUGCAGCAGUUUUCAAUCUUAUGUCGCACUGUAACUAAUACCUCAGUUUUGUCCACAGCAUUUAAGUUUUGAAAAAAUAUUUACUGCUUUAAUAUAAGGGAAUUAUUUUUAUGACUGACCUCUUAGAAUUAUUUUUAUGACAGACCUAUUUGAAUUAUUUUAUUGUAGGUCCCAUACUCUGGGGGGUACAAUGAAAAAGCAUUUUUUGUUCCUUUAUAUAACAAUCUUGCAAACAUCUGUGGACCUUAGUUCAGUGUGUCACAACACACAAGUUGAAAACUGCGGAUUUAAUGUACACUCACGCACCUGACAGAUAUGGAUAUUAUUAAAUAUUACAUCAUGAUCAUUAGUAACUAGAUAAUUAUGUUGUACAAUUUGUUUGUAGUUAAAUGGUACAACACAGAUAAAAAUUUAAAUGGUAGAAAACGGACACAUUUAAAUGGUACAACAUGGUCACAUUUAAAUGGUACAACAUGGUCACAUUUAAAUGGUACAACACGGACAUAUUUAAAUGGUACAACACGGAUAUAUUUAAAUGGUACAACACGGACACAUUUAAAUGGUACAAUACGGACACAUUUAAAUGGUACAACACUGACAUAUUUCCAGCCUAUCAGAUUUGUGUAGACUGUUGUUUAGUGUUUAGUUACUGACUCAAAAAUAAAAAAAUGAGUGUUUAUUUUUUUUCUAUCAGGGUUUCAUUAGUGUUUGCUUCAUUUGAUGAACUGUUCACGUUCCAAUACUUUAUUUGAUACUAAUGCAUAGUAGAACAAUUUGUGAAAUACUUUAAAACAGAAGAUUGGCCUCAAGUUUUAAAUCUUCAAUAAUAGGAAUUUUUAUUUUUGUAAUUGCUUAAAUUUGAGAAAUAAUUCUAUCUUUCCCCUGUAGAUUUGACAUUCUGUUAAAAAAUGUCAGCAAUUGUUUGCCAUUGUAAAUUAAUAAUGUUCGUUUAAAGCAUGUAUUAAUUCUAAUUAAUAUUGAUGCUUGUGUAUGACUGUCAUUAACCUUAAUACAUAGCCAGAAAAAUGUAAACACUAACCUUCCAGGUUUUAUGGUGGGGAGGGGGAGUUGCAAUAUAAUUUUCUUCACACCAUAUGUCUGGGCCAUGUGUACAUGUCUCUAUGACCACUAUAAUCCUCUUGACUACAUGCAGUCUUCACACCAUAUGUCUGGGGCAUGUGUACAUGUCUCUAUGACCACUAUAAUCCUCUUGACUACAUGCAGUCUUCACACCAUAUGUCUGGGCCAUGUGUACAUGUAUCUAUGACUACUAUAAUCCUCUUGACUACAUGCAGUCUUCACACCAUAUGUCUGGGGCAUGUGUACAUGUCUCUAUGACCACUAUAAUCCUCUUGACUACAUGCAGUCAACAAAAUUGUUGCAUUGUGUAUCUAAUUGGAUAGCAAAUAAAUUUGUUCAACCCUUUGGAACAUUCAAAUGUUUGUCUUGAAUUUUAUUUGAGAACAUUGUGUUUUGUGUUUAAUGGCAUGCAUGUAAAUGGUGACCUUUUGAUGAACAACAGUCAAAUGGAGAUGGCAUUACAAGAGUCAAAUAAAACCAGGACAAAAAAAGGAAACCUCUUAAUCCCUUUAAUAAUACCUCGC